AGAAACUGAAAGUCGGUUAUAGACUUGUUAACGAUGUUUAAUUGCGUAUUGAAAGUUGAAAUUGUAAAAGUGGAUUAGAAAAGUCUUGGGUUUGGUCAGAAAGAUAAGAGUAGGUGUCACAUGGAGACAGCUGUAAGAAUACUUGUAAGCUUUUACUUUUACUAGGAUUCUAUUGGCUCAUACAUGUGGGCUUCUACGUAUUAUAUAUUUAUAUUGAACCAAUUUAGGUAAAGCGUGUCAUAACAAAACGAUUUUUUGUAAGUUAAAACGAAAAUGUGUUACUAUAGAAUGUAGACGAAGAUACCAUCAUUAACAGAAAUCGAAAAAAAAAAUACUCCAUUCUCUUUUGUUUCGUCACAUUCUAUUUUUUUUUUUCCGAAAUGAACCAAAAAAAAAGAUUAAGACAAAAAGACAAAAAGAGAGUAGCCAAAACUUAAAAGAAAAAUGCUGGAUCCAGUAGAUGUGAAACAAAUAUAGCGUUGUUGCGUCCAAUAUAUGUGAAUCCGAUUCGCAUUUGAUGAUUCCCUUCCCAGUUUUACAACUCAGCCAAAAAUGAAGACUAAUACUCAACGAGUAUAAAUCAUAUAGCAGAGUUUAAACGGAAACAUAGUCUAUCUGAAACAUAGUCAUUAAAAAUACAGAACAACCUUAUAUCUGAAACAACACAUACACGGAAAUUAGUUUAAGAAAGAAAAGAAAAAACACUUACACGGAAAUUUGUUAACUAACAAUUUACCGUUUCUUUGUACAACGUUUCUAAACAAAAAUUGUUACAAAAACUGAUGUGAUGUAAGUUCGAUAUUAUUUUACUUUGUAUUCUUUUCACGAAACAACAUAUGUUAUAUAUAUUUUUUAAUCUAAUGUUAUUUGAAAGACACUUAUCGAUGAAUAAAAAUACGAUUAUAAGAAGUUUUAAUUAAAAAUUUAUGAAAAGAUAGGGUGUGAUUGGUGACCAAGGGAAUGAGAAGAAACACUAUGUUCCUUAAUAUUCCUUAAACUUUUUACCAUUAUUUAUGAGAAAUAGAUUUUCCUUUUCAUUCCUCUUCGUUUCUUUAUUUAUAGAGAAUUAUAGAACAAAUUAAUUCCUCAUUAAUUUUGAUAAGGAACCAUCAUUUCUCAUUAUUUCUAAAAUUUUGUUCCUACUCAUUCAUUUCCUAUCAGUUUCUAUUGUUCCUAUGAUGGUUACCAGUCAUACCUAUAGUGUUUUCGCCAAGAUUAAGGUAAACAGAAGAGAUCCACCGUGGAAAAGUGAGUGUUUGUGAAUGUUUCAUCUUGGUUAUCGGUCAUUUCCUUAUAUACAAACUCUCUUUCUCUUUUCUUUUUAAGUCGGAGCAGACUUAAGCCGACUUGAACUCAAUUGAGCCGAGUUUUGUUUGGUAAACAAAAAUUUUACACUUAGCAAUCAGAAUAUUUUGAAGAGUUUUUUUUUUUUUUUGAAAAGGAAUAUUUUGAAGAGUUUUAACUAAGAACUUAUGAAAAGAUGGUGUUUACGGCAAGAACAAGAUAAACACAAUCAGAAUAUUUGACAUUUUUAUUAGAUAAAAUUGUUAAUUUCGUUUCAGCUGUUUCGUUCAUGAUAUAUUUCUUAACUACCAUAUAAAUUUCACAACAUGUAUUGUUGGGACACAAAAAUUUCCCUCCACAGUUUGGAUUAUGCUACAAAACUUGUUUUAUAACACAUGAACCAUUUCAUAUUAGGAAAACCAGUUAUAUUUGACACCAAAUCUACGUGAUAUCUCACAUUUAAUGCAACAAAUCUGUUUAUAUAACUCUUUUUUAACUAUAAUUUAUACUUAAACAUAAACAUCAACAAAUCUGGUUAUAUUUAAAUAAAACCAAUUAUAUUAAACAUAUAUAGAAAAUAUAUAACAUUAUCCAGUUGUUAAAUUAUAUCUAACCAUCAAAAACCAAAAAAACAACAUGCCAGAUACAUACUGAUUUUCAUGCACAUUACACCAUACUAACAAUAUUUAUGUCCAGGAAUAUUUUAAAUACCCACAAACAUUUCCAACUACUUCAUAAGACGUUUCAUCCACCUAGAUGGUUUUGCAUCUUUCAUGAUCACCUUCGUUAGAUCAAAUGAAGGACAUUCAUAUUGGAAAUUUGAGUGCUCGGUAGUCACCGAUAGAAAUAGAUACUUGUUUGUCACUGAUCGAACCUGGCUGCAUCUACCUGGAUAGAAACAUUAUUCAUUAACAUUUUUUAUCAGACUAAUAAUAAAAUAAAUGGAAUAACCAGUUAGUAUUUUUAGAAUUUGAUGUUUUAAUUACAAUUUGGUAAUUUAAACUUAUAUCGUUUAUUUAUGGUCAUGUUAACCAUUUAUUUUAUAAACGUUCUAUUAUUAUGUAUAAUAUCCGGUUACAUUUUCAUUACCAUGAACUACCCAAUGUGAAGUUAAACCCAAAUGAAUGACAUUUUUAGACCGACUUUAUAUCAUACAAUACUUGCUUCUGUUUUUUGUUAUAACAAUAAUUAAAUUUCCUGAAGCUUUUACAUGUUGAUCCACCUCCUCCUCAUUAAAACUAGUUGAUCUUAAAUUAAAAAUCAAAUCUUUUUCUUGAUAAAAAAAAAAAACCAACUCCCAAAUAAUUAUAAAUCUAAAUUAAUUAUUCAUAUUCAUCUCAUAAAAACCAUCUUGAAAAAAGAACAUGAGAUAUUAAUAUUAUUAGACUGACUCAUCUCAAAUCAAAAAUCAAAACCCUUAAUUAGUGUAUUUAUUGGCUUGAGCGAGCCUGUUAAUCAAAUUUUGUGAUUAGAAUUAGGCGUUAGCACGCACGUAGUGUUUACAGAAAAGGAAAAUCAAUUUGUAAUUUCCUUUUUUCGUUACUCUUCUCCAAAGCUCCAAUCUCUCCCUCUGCUAUACAUACAAACGAGAUCAGACUCAUUAUUAACGAUUAUUUACUCUUUGUUGACUCCGAUCAAAUUACGUUUAUUGUUUUUCCUAUUUCAAUUAGGUUAGUGUCGCCGUCGUUCUUUUCGUCACUGCCUCGAUCAGGCGAGAGACAACAAUUAAGCCACAGAAGCUAUGUCGUUUAUAAAGCAAUUCUUUAGUUUAUUCGAUAAAACCAAACCCUCCUGUCUGAACAAAGAGAAAAAGAAGAAGAAGAAACUCCACCUAGUGCUUGACUUGGAUCACACUCUUCUCCAUUCUGUCCAUGUGUCAAAGCUUUCUCAGAAAGAAAAAUAUCUAACCGAAGAAGUUGGUUCAAGGCUUGAUCUAUGGAAGUUCGACAAAGGCAAUCCCAACGAGCAUCUCAUAAAGUUACGACCUUUCCUUGACGAGUUUCUGCGAGAAGCCGACAAGCUUUUCUACAUGUACGUUUACACGAUGGGCACUUACCGGUACGCGCAGAAUGUACUGAGUUUGAUUGAUCCAGACAAAGUAUAUUUCGGAGAUAGAGUGAUAACCAGAGAAAAAAGCCCUCAUAAGAAGACACUUGAUCUUCUCUCUGCUGAUAAACGAAGAGUGGUCAUUGUUGAUGACACGAGUAGUGUUUGGCCGCAACACAAUAAGAGAAACUUGUUGGAGAUCGCAAAGUACAAUUAUUUCAGAGACGGGAUGAAGUGGGAAUCUUACGCAGAGAAGAAGAGAGACGAGAGUCGAAGCAAAGGAGCGUUGUCUAAUGUUCUGAAACUCCUUCAACAAGCUCAUACAAGAUUCGAAGAUUUGGAUUCUAACGACUUGAGGCUCUUGAUACGUGAUCCUUGUACACUGUGUUGCUUUUGACUCCACUUUUCACUGUCAAUAAGUCUAAGUGUAAUGUUUUUUCUUUUGUAUUGUAAAAG